GAUUUAGAACCCAGAAAUCUCCCCCCUGCAGGAAGCUCCCGGAUUUGCUCUCCUCUUCCUCCCUUGUCCGCCGGCUGCUCUUGUUUGUGGGUGUGAUUUUCGGUCUUUCUUGAAUUUCCCCUGCACAUGCCGUCGGCCUCCCCCCCCUGCAGCUCCAGUUUUAGCUGGAGAAUUAUGGUUCCCGAUCGUUCUGUCAGUUAGUACGUGAAUUGAGUGCUCAGUUUUAUGUGAAGUGAGGAAGUGAAACCGAGGACGGGGAAACCAAGGGGAGUGACGAGUUAGAAGGCUAGCCAUCUUGUAAUUGAAUAUGGAUUUUAGAUGUAAAUGAUGAUAUUGCAAGCUAGAUUGUAAUUGGAGAUCGUAUAAAUUCAUUUAGUGGAUUGUUAGUUUAUAAGAGAUUUGAUCUGGAGAUUUUGAGGUUAAGUCAUGUGGACAUAGAAAAGAAAUUUUGAAAUAUCCGAUCUGAGUUAUGGGAUUGUCAGAUGUGAAUUGGAUAAGUUCCGAGUCUUGUGCAUUUGUGGGACCCACUCACGAGUGCACGGCGUCUGUCGCGCCUCGAAUUUGGGUUUUGGGGGCGUGACACCCCCUCUAACACCACCCUUUUCUUUUGCAAACUCCAUUUUGUUGAAAGUCUCUGAAGGCAUAAUCUCCACCCAAAGAAACUUACUUUAGAAGG